CAACGUCCGGACGUCUAACAACAUUAUAUCCAGUGAAUUCAGUGAAACAUGGAUUAAAACAAAGACAUGACUGGUGUAUAAAUAAUGUCCGAAGCUGCUUUAGAGGAAGUUUCAGCUUUAUCGUCCAUUUACUGCGCAGAGGGAGAGUUCCUGCUGCUGCAGCAGUCUGCUCAGGAUGGUCUCGUGGUCCAGAUCAACAGCACUGUUGGAGGAGAGAGAAGGCUGGAUGUGAGUCUGGUGUUCCAUUUGCACCCACGUUACCCUUCCUGUCCCCCCGACGUCUCCGUCUCUUCCACCGCUCUGUCCAGAAGUCAGUGUCACGACAUCAAGCAGAAGCUGCUGGAUCAAGCUGCGGCCUUACCGCCAGAACCGAUGCUUCAUCAGUUGGUGGAGUGGUUACAGGAUGUGGAGGUGACGGAGGACUGCAGAGGAGGUAAGGAGGAGGUCAAAGAGAGCGAUAAAGAGGAGGAGUGGACCGCAGUGCUGUCGUUGGACCACAUCCGAUCUCGAAAUCGUUACAUCGCUCUGCUGGAGCGCUGGAGCCAGCAGCUGCAACUGACUGGGAGGUUAUUACUGGGAAGGAGUAUACUGGUCAUCCUGCAGGGAGCCAGAGCCAGCAUCAAGGAGUUCUGUCGCCUUUUGAAGACGGUGAAGGUGGACGUUGAUUCUUCAGGCAAGAAAUGCAAAGAGAGGAUGAUGAAGGUUCUCAUUGAAACCCCCUCACCUUCCUCCUGUGAGCACAGUCUGCAGGGUUUUAUAGUGAAGAGCUACCAGUCGUUACCAGAGCUGACCGCUGCCUUCCAGGAAAUCAACAUGACAGAGCUUUACCAGCAGAUACAGCCGUCGUUAAGUGACUGACAGCACAAGUUACCAUGGUGACGGAACUUAAACUGAGACAUCCUUGACCGAUAUCCAGACUGAAGGAAGAGAAUUGUGAAAAAUGUUUUACAUUUCUCAAAACCAAAAGUGUGAUUGUGAUUUAAAGAGGAGAGCACAAGCACUGCUGCAGCAUCGACUCAACAACACACACAGAGGAAAUCUGAUCUCAGAAAACAGAAGAAUUGAUUUCAUAACCAUAAAGACAGCAUCAGUGUUGCCUUAGUGCAUGCUGGGAGGAAAAUGCAAUAAGAGCACAUUGUUAUUCACGAUAGCUCAUUAAAGAUUAACAAAUCAAUCCUAUUAUCUGUUCUCCAAGAGACUGGAUUAGUACAUUUGAAGAACUGGGCCCUGCUCUUCCAAUGUGGCUUUAAUAAUUCAGUCUUACCUGCUGUUAUCAGGCUAAAAUAAUCCUGUUAACUCUCAUCCAGCUAAUUUGGAUUUUUGAAGGCAGUUAUUUUGAAUAAUAAAGGCAAAAUGAGUGGAAAGUUGAAACCAUGAUUGGCUUAGUGAUGAUGAUGCAGUUACAUGAGUUGGGUGUGCUGGGAACCCUAAUUUUACGUGUGUUUCUGCAUUGUUAAUGCUGUUAUUUUAUUGUAUAUGGUGUUCCACAAUGUUCCUGCUGUUUCUACAUUUUCAUCACUACAGCAGAUCGGUUAAGCAGAUAUUAGCAAUGAAUAUGGUUAGACUACAACAGUGAUGCUGCUAUGAAAAUCUCAAAUCUCAAAAAGCAGGAUUACUUACUAAACAUACUACUUUAAACUAAACAUAGCACAAAAAGUAAGGACAUUUGUGUUUGGUAGAGUAUUUCUUUGUUGUAACAGUGCUUCUUGGCAAUAAAUCUUAAACCGUUGGAAAGCCUGUUUAUUUCACUUUUAAAUGGUCCCACAUUUGUAAGGAACAUGCAUUUGUGGGAUGAUCAGCAGAGAUGAGUAUGUGGGUAGCGCCCAUGAAAAAUGUAGCUUUUAAAGAUUUAUUGCCAAGAAGCAUUGUUACUACAGUACCAAACUACAGUACUGUGUACCAAACACAAAUGUCCUUACUUUUUGUGCUAUGUUUAUAUGUGCACCUUUAUAAAUGAAGGCAGUUUACAUUUGUAAGUCCAGUGAUCUGAGAGAGAGUUUCAUCUAAAUGGAGUUUACUGUUUUUAUUCAUCUGAAUCAUACGUGGAAAUCGUCUGAACUUGAGGAAACCACUGGUCUGUAUUUUAAUGUUCAUGUUAAAAUCACUGCCAAAAGACAUCCUCUGUUAGUCAAGGCUUCUUUUCAAUCACACAUUUCUGAAAUAAUCAGUUUGUUAUCCAGGUCGUUUUCUGCUACACAUGAUAUUUAUAGUUUUUUUCCAGUU